GACGAUAAACCAUUCUACACCAUCUCCAUCUUUCCACGGGAAGACCAAGCCAAGAGACCAGCUAUGGAUUACCGUAUGUUCUGCUUGUUGGCCGUCGCCCUCGUUGUCAGCUCCUUCAGCACUGCAAAUGGACAGGCUGCACUGACUGAAGCCCAAUGCAAUGUUCAACCUGUUGCAAGAGUAAACUGUGGUGAGCCUGGUAUUACAUCCGCUGAGUGCUUCAACAAAGGAUGCUGCUACGACACCAGAGAUCCAAAUGCCAUCUGGUGCUUCUAUGCCAAGCCUGAUGAUGAGUGCCUCUUUUAAACGGAAAUGAAAAAAGGAAGCGGUCUCUGCCAGUGGAACGAUGCAAGAACAAGCAAUUGUCGUACCUAAUUUCUUCCACAACAUAAUUUGACAAAACUCUCUGUCUGAUGAUCAGAUUAUUAACUACUGUUAAAGAAUUUUCCUCUUUAUAAAUGUUUUACAGCCAGGCACAUAUUUAAUGUAAUAAAGUUGCAAUGUAGAAUAGUA